AUGUUCUCUAUAUUCUAUAAUGGAAUCAAAAGUCAUUUUAUUUGCAUUUUGUUUUUUCUCAACCAUUCUUAUUCAUGCUUUUUUCGUGUAUGUGAAUAUACAAUAACGGCACACGGACGUAACAAUCGUAAAACGUCACCGUUGCAUCGGCUCGGUUUGACACAUAAUCGAGAAGGAGUUCCAAAAUUUAUCCGAGAAAAUACCGCACAAUUUUUUUCUACCGUUGCGAAAACAACUCGAACAAUAGAAUCAUCGUCAUUGCCGAUUUUCCCAAGUGAAUUUGAGCAACAACAUCAACGGAUUCAAAGUAAUGAUGAAAACGAAAACGAAAACGAAAACGAAAACGAAAACGAAAACGAAAACGAAAACGAAAACGAAGAAAUUCUAUUAACAAGACCAGUAACACCACAUUUUUUAUUGCCACCUAUUGGAACAGCAAGUAGUAGAAGAUCAAAAGUGAUACCAUCUGCUUCCAUUUGUACUCGACCACAAACUUUUCAUUCGCCUAUCCUAUCUUCGGGACUAUCAUUGGAAUCAUCAAGUCCACUGAUACAAUCACGGACGCCAACAAUAAAAUUAAAACGUCAAGUUCAACAUGGCGGUCCAGUUGAUCAAGAUAUUUUUCGAAAAGCCUAUGACCGAGCUUUAACAGUGGCUCGUAGUCGUCUUCUACUUCGUGAUCCAUACUCAUUAACAGGAGCAAAUGCGACUCACGGUGUUCUCUAUUCAUAUUAUGAUCAUACGCCAAUGUGUGUAUUUUCACACGGAGCUGCUUGCAAUCAUAAUCAAGAUGAAAUAUCUAAACAGGAUCGAAAACUAAAAUCCAAUGUGAUACGUAAAAAAAUUUUUAACGAUGUUGUUGUAGAACGUUAUAUUCAAUAA